AUCAUUCUCGACCUGACUUCUCUUCAACAAAGCACACAGAUCAUUGAACACCAGAGAACCCGACAAACACAAUGUCUUCACCCAAACUAGGCAUCGGCAUCAUCGGCGCAGGCGAAGUCUUCCAAGUCUGCCACGCCCCCUGCCUCCUAUUGCUCUCGCACCUCUUCACCCUCGAAUCCAUCUGCGACCUCUCCCCCACAACCGCCACCCACUGCGCCACGAAAUUCUCCAUCCCACACCACACCACCAACCCGCACGACGUAAUCACCCACCCCACCGUGCAAGCCGUCUUCAUCCUGACCUCCGACGAAAGCCACGCCCAAUUGACCAUCGCCAGCCUCCGCGCCGGCAAAAAUGUCUUCCUCGAAAAACCCAUCACGUUAUCCCUCCCCUCCGUGAAUGCCAUCCUCGCCGCGGAGCAAGCCGCCCCGAACGGCGCCCGAGUCUUCGUGGGGUACAUGCGUCGCUAUGCGCCUAGUUACCUGGGCGCCUUUAAGCGGGAGCUUGCGACGAUUCCGAGGAUUCUCUACGCCCGGGUCCGCGACUUUAGUGGUCCGAAUGCCCAGUUCGUGAACCAGAGCGGGACCUUCCCGAUCAAGAACUUAGACUAUCCAUCCCAUACCGCCCAGGAACGAGAGACCCGUCUCGAGACGCUCUUCAGCGAAGUCUUCCCGAACCAACCCAUCACCGACGAAAAGAGAAAAUACUGUCGUUUCCUGGGGAGUCUCGGAUCGCACGAUAUCUCGAUCAUGCGGGAGACAUUAGGGUUUCCGGAGGAGGUGGUGGGGGUAUCCGUUCAUGAUCCGUUUUAUACGGCGAUGAUGAGGUUCCGGAAUCGGGAUGGGUCGGGGUAUUCGGUCACGUAUGAGAGUGGGAUUGAUGCGGUGCCGGUGUUUGAUGCGCAUGUGGCGGUGUAUGGCGAGCGAAAGAGGGUGGUGAUUAAGUAUGACAGUCCAUAUGUCAAAGGCUUACCGAUUUAUGUGGAAGUGGAGGAGGUGAAUGAGCACGGGGAGGUGCAGAAACGGACGAUGUUGUCGUCGUAUGAAGAUGCCUAUACGGCGGAGCUGCAGGCGGUAUAUGAGGCGUUUGUGCAUGGGAAGGAGAUCAAGACGUCGGUGGAGGAUGCGCGGCAGGAUUUGCAGAUUUAUGAUCUGAUGUAUAAGAAGUGGGGGGAACAAUCUAGUUAGGUCGGUAGAAGAGGGAUCAGGAUAGAAAUAUUGGAUAUUUACUUACAUAUCUCUGUCAAAG